GACGCCCCUAUCGCGCGUUCUUGGAGGGCGCCUAAGCACAGCUGCUCCUUAAUUGGCUCCCGGAGCUCCAGUCAGCCAACAUCCCAUCAUUCCGAGCGCAACAGUGGAAAAGGUUGGCAGCCAGCGUGGGAUAUACCGGGUUCCGGCUGGGCUGCGUGCUGCACUUUACAAGAUCCACGGCAGCCGUGUGUCGCACCCGGGAGCAGCGAGAGCCCCACGCGUCCAGUAGAGUAUCUCACAAGGUUGAGUUGUAAAUGCAUCAGGAGUGUAGCUCCCAGAAUGAAGAAGACAACCAGAUCUGCUGUCACAACAUCAAAGGGUGUGGGGAUCAGUAAGACGCUGGUUCCAGAAAGAAGCAAGUCUGAAAGCUCUACAGCAGUAGCAGCUUUACCACCCAAGGCCAGCUCAAAGCCUAGUUCUGUUGCUCCACUGUCUAAGACAAAAAGUAGUGAUGAUCUGCUGGCAGGGAUGGCUGGUGGCCUGCAUGUAAAUAGCUCUAAUAACGUCAAGGUCAAGAAAAACGGCACUGUCGUCGGAUCUUCUGCUCCCGCAGCUCCUGGGGUGACAACUGAAAAUAAGGCCAAGAACAGCACAGGUUCAUAUGCUAAACGAAGUUCUUCUCUCAGUGCGAAAGAGGUGAAUUCCUCCAGAGACAGACAAAGGGAUCGAUCCCGAACUAGCACAAGCAAAAAGCUAUCAUCUACAACAACAGGAACAAAUGAUGUGACUCUUGCCAAACGCUCCCGCAGCCGCGUACUCGCAGAAUCUGAGGCUCGAAUGAGCAAGUCAAAAUCGGAUAGUCAGAUUAAUGACAAGGCAGCGCUAGAAGCCAAAGUUAAGGAUCUUUUAGGAUUAGCAAAGAGUAAAGAUGUUGAAAUUUUGCAUCUACGAAAUGAACUCCGAGAUAUGCGGGCACAGUUAGGCUUGGCAGAGGAAGCCUCCGAAGAAGAGAAGGUUGAUGAAAAGGAGGUUGUACCCAUUAUUACUCAGGCUACAGAUGUAGAAUCCACUCUCUUACAGCUCCAGGACCAAAAUAAUGCCAUCAGAGAAGAGCUCAACCAAUUGAAAAAUGAGAACCGCAUGCUCAAGGACAGACUGAAUGCCUUGGGGUUUUCUUUAGAGCAAAGACUUGACAACUCUGAGAAAAUAUUUAGUUUCCAGUCUCUUAGUCCAGACUUAACAGCAGUUAAUAGUCAUAGUGAUGGAGGUUGCCCCUUGACCUCCUCAGUUGAAGGUUCUACUCCUGGAUCAAUGGAGGACCUUUUGAGCCAAGAUGAGAAUACCUUAACAGAGAAUCAACGUAGCAGUUCAGUGGACAACCUAGACAGUGAAUCCAGUGAAGUCUAUCAGCCAAUCACUUCCAGUGAUGAUGCUCUAGAUGCACCUUCUUGCUCCUCUUCCUCAGAGUCAGAAGGUAUCCCAAGUCGGGACCGAUCUCGCAAAGGCAGUAGUGGGAAUGCAAGUGAGGUGUCUGUUGCCUGCUUGACAGAAAGAAUUCACCAAAUGGAGGAAAAUCAGCAUAGCACAGCUGAAGAGCUUCAGGCCACCUUACAAGAACUUGCAGACCUCCAGCAAAUUACCCAGGAGCUGAAUGCUGAGAAUGAAAGACUUGGGGAAGAGAAAGUCAUCCUGAUGGAUUCCCUUUGCCAGCAAAGCGACAAGUUGGAACACUACGGCCGUCAAAUUGAAUACUUUCGUAGCUUGUUAGAUGAGCAUCAUAUUUCAUAUGUUAUAGAUGAAGACAUUAAAAGUGGUCGUUACCUAGAGCUGGAGCAGCGCUACAUGGAGCUUGCAGAAAAUGCUCGUUUUGAAAGAGAACAACUUCUUGGAGUCCAGCAGCAUCUGAGCAACACUUUAAAAAUGGCAGAGCAGGACAAUAAAGAGGCUCAAGAGAUAAUUGGGGCCUUGAAGGAAAGAAAUCACCACAUGGACCGCAUCAUAGAGUCUGAGCAAAAGGGCAAAGCAGUGCUCAGUGCUGCCCUGGAGGAGUAUAAAAACACAGUUGCCAAUGACCAAUUAGAACUGAACCGCUUCAAGGCUCAGCUUGACCAGGAAAGGCAGAAAGUGGCUGAGCUGUAUUCCAUCCACAACUCAGGAGAUAAAAGUAAUAUUCAGGAUUUGCUAGAGAAUGUACGUCUGGACAAAGAGAAAGCAGAGACUUUAGCUGCUAAUCUGCAAGAGGAGCUCAGCCAUACACGCAGUGAGGCCAACCGUCUGCAAGACAACAUUGCCAAGAUUGAGGCAGAAUACAGAGUGUUUCAGGAUGAAGCUAAGAACCAAAUUGCUGACCUGAAACGGAGUCUGGAUAAGCUACGCUCAGAGCUAGAUGAGAAGGAGACAGAAAUCAGUGACAUGAAGGAGACUAUCUUUGAGCUAGAGGAUGAGGUGGAGCAGCACCGUGCUGUGAAGCUGCAUGACAAUCUUAUAAUCUCAGAUCUUGAGAAUUCGGUAAAAAAACUUCAGGAUCAAAAGCAUGACUUGGAGAGAGAAAUCAAAAUCCUUAAUCGGAGAUUAAGGGAAGAAUCUGCUGAGUGGCGUCAGUUUCAGGCAGACUUACAGACAGCAGUUGUAAUAGCUAAUGACAUCAAGUCUGAAGCACAGGAGGAGAUUGGUGACCUUAGACGUCGGCUUCAAGAAGCUCAGGAGAAGAAUGAGAAACUGAGCAAGGAGUUAGAAGAGGUGAAAAAUCGCAAACAAGAUGAAGAGAGAGGUAGAGUGUAUAACUACAUGAAUGCAGUGGAACGUGAUCUGGCAGCUCUUCGACAGGGAAUGGGACUGAGCCGCCGCUCCUCUACCUCUUCUGAGCCAUCCCCCACCGUCAAGACUUUGAUCAAGUCCUUUGAUAGUGCCUCUCAAGUUGUACCAAAUGUUGCAGCUGCAGCAGCUGCAGCUGCAGCUGCUGCUGCCAUUCCUCGAACCCCACUGAGUCCCAGUCCCCUGAAGACUCCUCCAGCUGCUGCUGUUUCUCCCAUGCAGAGACAUUCCAUAAGUGGCCCAAUUUCUUCACCAAAACCACUGUCUUCCCUAGCAGAUAAAAGGACAAGCUAUGCAGAAAUGAAUAUGCCAGGUUCUCGCAGAAGCAGUGAAGAGGUGAAGCGGGAUAUUUCUGUUGCAGACAGUGCUUCUACUGCCUCACUGAUGGCAAUGGGAUCUGCCUCCCCUCAACUCUCACUGUCAACAUCUUCUCCAGCAGCUUCAGUCACUCCCACAGCUCGGAGCCGUUUAAGGGAGGAGCGGAAGGACCCUUUAUCAGCACUCGCUCGGGAAUAUGGAGGAUCCAAGCGAAAUGCUUUGUUAAAGUGGUGCCAAAGAAAAACUGAAGGGUAUCAGAACAUUGACAUCACAAAUUUCAGCAGCAGCUGGAAUGAUGGCCUAGCAUUCUGUGCCGUCCUCCACACCUACCUGCCGGCUCACAUUCCUUAUCAUGAGCUAAACAACCAAGACAAGAGAAGAAAUUUUACUCUUGCUUUCCAGGCUGCUGAGAGUGUUGGCAUUAAAUCAACUCUGGAUAUCAACGAGAUGGUACGCACUGAACGGCCUGAUUGGCAAAGCGUGAUGACCUAUGUCACUGCCAUUUACAAGUACUUUGAGACCUGAACGCUGCCGUCCCGUGCUGCUCUGCUCUGCACAGUAGCUGACCACUACAACAGAACAUUUCACAGACACUUCACUGCUGUGGUUCCUCUGCAACAAUUGUAGAUGGUGAGAGUCUGUAAUAAAACCGGAUCUUCAGCCACCUGCAGUCCAAAAUACUGUGCCAACUUGUUGCUGCAACAAGGUUAAAACUCUGCUAGGUUUAUCAAACGGUAGCAUUUAAUUAUCGGGGGGUUUAACUACAGGCAUGUGGUAUUGAAAAGAAACAACUUGUGUAUUGGUUUGAGUACCGAUACAUCAAAUGUAGACAAGUGCAUUUAUCAUUAAAUACUUACCUAUGCAAUUGGGACUGGGGUGAAAAUAGAAAUGGACAAACAUGGUUGGAAAACACAAUAUUACAUUAAUCCAUGAUGUUUCAACUAAUGAGUUUCCCUUGACCAGAAAGUAAAUUCUGUUCUAAAACAUUUCAGUAUUUUAUUCCAUAUUGGAUAGCUACAAAGUGAAACAUUUCAUUGGAUGGUAUGGAAGCUGGUGACCUGAACAUUUCUUUGGGUGUCAUGAGACUUCCCAGACAGAAUACAUCAGAAGGAAGCUUAAAGGACGACUGGGAACUCAGUUGACUCAGUCGCUUCCUUGUUGUGUUGUGUUGUGUGUGUGCAUGGAGCGCUCAACUACAGAGUUUUUCCAAACUUUAAAGCAAUAUCUUUCAGCACCCUGCUAAGCGUACUGUAAAUGUGCAGGUUUUUGCUACUCAAUAAAAGGUAGCCUUUCAAAAAUGAAAAAAGUGUGGUGGAUUGGCAUUUACAGGAGCAGUUUAGUGCUGGAAAUUUGGUAGGCCUAAUGGCCAAAUGUGUCCAGUUGGUUGGUUUAAGUACAAAUGGACCGACCUCCAUGUGUCUGGACAGUCAAAGUCAGUGAGACUGGCGGAGGCUCCUGAAGUGCAGCAGUAUUACUUGGUCUGCUUUUAGUCAGAAUGCCUUACCCAUGAAGGGAUAUGCAUUGAGUGACAUUUCUUUUUGUCGUGUUUUUGGUUUUCCAGUUUUCACCACUUCUCACAACACGAGUCUCCCCAGCAACAACAGUGUUGAUGACAAUGUACUUGGUGAUUUUCACUCUUUGUUAUCAACAAUCUUGCUAGAGGGAGCGGAAAUGCUGAAGUUACCUUUCUCCCUUGUAGUGAACAGGUUCAAGUUUCAGGAGUCUAAGAUAAGAAUUUUGCAAUAGUUUAUUUUUUUUUCCUCCAGUUGAAUCAUUUUAUGUAGAAAGUCCAGUGUAGUGUUUACAUGUCCUUUUGACUAAUGUUAUUUGUUUUAGUGGAAAAGCACAAACGUUAUAGAAAAAAAAAGCUCAACUGCCAGUUUCUUUGAGAUGCGAUUUAGUACUAAAGUAUCAUAUGCUGCAUUUGUUGAGCACAGUUUGAUAUCAUGGAGAAUUAAAGUUUGUUUUGUUAUUCAUAGAAGUUACAUACCUUAAAACAAAAAGGCAAAGUACAAGAGGACUGCAGUGCUGAUGGGAAUGGCUCAACGUUAGCCGGGCUUUGUCUAAACGUAUAUAUUGUGCUGUCACAGUAAAGUGAAGCUAUGAAUACCUGACCUUUGGUUGUUGGCUUUUUGACCCACACUGAAAUGUCACCACUAAAAAGAAACCUUUAGUAUUGUUACAUACUGAUUUGGAAGAAACAGGUUAUCUGGGCAGAACACGUGUCUCAACUUCACUAGUAAUGCGCCUGCUGCAGGCAACUCUUGGAGUCUUUCAAAUUGGGUCUUGGAUCGCCCUCUGUGGAAACCUGCAAUGUCAAGAACUUCUACAGAAGUCACUUUAGAAGCUCAAGUACCCAUUUCUGUGCCUCUCUUUCUUUUCCCAUGAGUCUAGGAUGUAGGACAGCUCUGGCAAUUUCUGGCCUCUUGCAGAUAAACACAUCACUAAUUACACAUGAAGAGUUUUCUGGAGAACAUUAUUUUAGGUUUAGGUCUCAUUGUUCUUUAUUAAUAAAAUAUUCAUCAAACAUAAUUAAACUUUGAAUUUAUUUUUGGGAAAGUUUAUAUUUGAUAAAUGACACCAAAGUGCAUUUGUAAGUUUUUCAGAUCACAUCACUUGUUUUAAAAAGUAGUUUUGGUUGUGAUGCUGACCUAGAUUUAUUAUAAAACUGAACCUCCAUUGGAGAUGCAGAUGAAUCUGUUUGGUCCUUUGGGCUUUCAGCACAACUCUGGAUGAAUUCUGUGCAGUUACCUCGGCCUCUUUGUAAAACCCGUUUGGAUUAAAUAUAACACUCAGGUAGAAUGUGUAGAAUUCUGGAAAGACUUGCCUUUUGAUGCGCUUCUUUUGAACAUGACAGAUGACCCUUGUCCUGAUCCAGGCUACUUUUGUGUUUGGUUCACCCCUAAUUUAGCUAUACUGUGUCUUGAUUAAUAAUAGCAGCAUUCAGGGAGAGAAGUACAAAAAUCAAAUGUCCAUUGUAUUGUUUAAUUAAAUACAUUGAAAUCUUGCAUUUUGAGGUACAAUUCAGCAAUUCCCCUUCAGUUUUCUACAGAUAAACAGUUGAAUGUAUUUUUCCACAUGUAUUUUCAAAUACCAAUAAAAAUAGAUUGCUUCCAAGUUUAGCAAUUUUUUUUUUUUUUUUUGAUUUGUAUUAACACCAGGAACUAGGUGUGCACCCUCACCCAGCUCCUUUGUCCAUUUUUAAUGUCUGUAACGCAGGAAUCGGGGCUGAUUUUAAUAGCAACAAUAGGAGGUCAAAGUUUAAAUUAGAAAAAAUAACUGCAGUUUCCCCAAUGUGAAUACAGGACUUGUUGAAUCCUGUGUAUGUCUGUGUGUGCUCCAUAGCAAGAAAAGUUACUCGAGCUGACAGAAAGGAGAACUUCACACUGAAGACAAACAAUAUAAUUGAAUUCCCAUCUCGCUGUGGGCUAAACAUGAACACUCACAUACUGCUUGCUAUCAAGGUCACUAUUCACCUUCUCCUUUGUACACUGGAGUUCUUUUCCGAUUUCCCUCUUUUUCCCAUUUUCACAGACACUCAUCACAGGGUUCAUUUGAAUCCCGAUUCAGACCCUCAUUGUUUAUUAAAAUUAGUCUUGUGCAAGGAAGAUGGAGACUCCAUCUCACUCUGGCACAGAUGUUGCAUCAGAAGAGGAAGAUACAGAAAAUAAGGUUUAAUCUGUGUUGAUCACCCAGGAACAUUAGGAGUUCAUUAACCGUUACGGAGGUGGGAAUGAAUCCCCCACACCCUCACUUUUAAGAGCAUCUUGAUAAUCAAACUGUGUUAACAUUUAGCAUAUGAAGCAUAACCACCAUUAUGCCUAUUCAAAUAAUUUAUAUAUUAUGAUAAACAUAGAAAUACCAAACUCACUAAUUGGUAAUAUAAAGAAAAAGCUUUAAUUUUGAAUUUAAGUUUGGUGGUCUUUUAUUUAAACCUGUUUCUGGCAGUACUGACAGAUCUACACGCGGAAGUGCCAAGAAAUCCAUAAGCUUUAAUUGUGCACUUUGAGUCCUGAUGUGAUGUGCCAGUCCUGUGACGAUGGAAGGCGGCACAUAUCACAACAUCAAAGGCCCCAGCCAUGAUGUUCUCAAAGGUAAAUUACUUCGUAAGGCUGUAUGAAUUUAUUUUGAUUAUCUUCUUGAAUGUAUAAUAAGACAGAUGAAGCCUUUCCUCUUGUUUACUAUUUAUAGGAUGUUAUUUAGACAUUCCAUAUUAUGUUUUCUGUUCUUCUGUAUAAGUUAUGUAUUGGCUUUUGUCAAUUACUUUGUUUGUUUUUUUGUAUUGC